ACAGGUGUGACUGGGCGGUGAGGCGGCGGUUCGCGAUGGCUGAGGUAGAAGAAACACUGAAGCGAAUUCAGAGCCAGAAAGGAGUGCAAGGAAUCAUUGUUGUUAAUUCUGAAGGUAUUCCUAUCAAAAGUACUAUGGACAACACCACAACCAUUCAGUAUGCUGGCCUAAUGCACAGCUUCAUCAUGAAGGCAAGGAGCACUGUGCGAGACAUUGAUCCCCAAAAUGACCUCACGUUCCUGCGGAUCCGUUCCAAGAAAAAUGAAAUCAUGGUUGCUCCAGAUAAAGACUACUUCUUGAUUGUCAUCCAGAAUCCAACCGAAUGAUUACACUAACUUGAUCUGCUUUUUUCCCUUUGCCCAACAUUUUUUUUUAAUUUAAUGCUAAAGAGUAGAGCUCUAGUGCUAUCUCUGCUGUGCCACUUCUGUGAUCUUCUGGAAGAACAAAAGCAGGUGUUCUUGUCUGCAUGUUUUUUAUAUACAGAAACAGUGGCUUCUUUUGGUAUCACUCGUCAUUUUGAGAAGGAGAUGGUGAAUUAGAAUCUGGUGACCUUGGCAGUAAAAAAAAAAGUAAAAUAAAAAUGCAACAGAUUCUUUUAAUAGUUGACAAGAUAACAAAAAAUACUAAUAAUGUUCUAAAAGAUUGUUUGCUGUACAUUUCCAUGAUCCUGUCACCACUAUUUGAGUUAAGCUCUUACACUAUUACCUUUGAAUGACUGAAAAUAUGAAACCUUCCUCUCUUGUUGUUCUUUCUUAUUUUAUAAGUUACUUUGAAAAAGUCUGGUCAUAUUAAAUUAAAAAAGUGUCAUCAGUGA